UCAGUGUGUAUAAUUAGGAAGGCAUGCAAAAGUAGGCACAGAAAUAGAUUUACAUACUGAUUAUGGUGGGAUACUAUUGGAGUUUUCUAGCACAAACAUACAUUCAAAUAAGGGAAGCACAUAUUUACACAAAUGUAUAGAUAUAUAUACAUGUCAUUUGUGUGCAUGUCUAUUUAUCCUAUAAAAAUAAAGAGACACCUUGAACAUACACCGACUGUGUGUCAGUUAGUAAUGCCGGUAAUAGAAAACUGCCUGAAGAAGAAGAAUAAGGUUAUCGUUUAUCAAGCAUAAAUUUACCAGAAUAAUUUUAAUCGAUCCAUAAAUAUACAAAAAAACACUGAACGAACAUUACGAAAAAAACUUAUUUUCAAUCUUAAACACAAUAAAACUAAAGUGAAAGUGAAAUAUUAAUUUACACUUAUUUCUAUUCUAUUUUACUUCUAUCAUAGUAGAAUAUUAUAUUCAUUAAGAUUACACGUCACUUUGUAUUAUAUUGAAGAUUAUGAAGCCUCAUGAUAAUUAUCAAUUUAUAAAUAAGUAUAAUACAUAUGGAUUUAUUCUCAUAUCUAUUUUUAUAUUAUCGAAUCUAUGCGUAAAAUAUACAAAUGGAGCAGCGACGUGCAUACCAUCGCCGAACUGCACAGAAUGCACUUGUAUGGGAAUUCCGGGGCCAAAGGGUGAUGUUGGAGCUCGUGGACAUGUUGGUAGACCAGGUCCUGUUGGACAACGUGGAUUGCCUGGUCCACCUGGUCUAGAAGGUGAACGGGGUAUACCUGGUAUACCAGGUGAUCCUGGACCCAAAGGAAUUAUGGGUGAUAAAGGUGUUUUGGGUGUACCGGGUGUUGAUGGUCUUAAAGGUGCAAUUGGUAUUAAAGGUCCAAAAGGUUUCCCAGGUGAAGAAGGCUGUUGUGGUGCUAAAGGGCCUAAAGGUUUGAAAGGUGCUCAGGGUAGUUAUGGAUUCGAUGGACUUGCUGGUGAAAGAGGUUUAAAAGGUCCAAAGGGUGAUAAAGGGGAACCAGCUGUUGUUGAAGGCAUCGAUGGUAUUGGAGAAAUGGGACCUAAAGGUGAGAAAGGUGAACUUGGUCCAAAAGGUAUUCGUGGCCGAGAUGGAGCUAAAGGACAACCUGGUAUAGCUGGUCCAAAAGGUUAUCAAGGAAUAAAAGGAGAUCGUGGUGAACCAGGCUUAAAGGGUGAAAAAGGGGAUACUCCUUCACCAAUUUCUCUACCAUAUGCAGAGCCGGGUGAGAAAGGAUUCAAAGGUGAAAAAGGGAUAUCUUAUGAUGAAUCAGCUUUAAUCAAAGGACAGAGAAUUGGGGUUAAGGGUUUAAAAGGGCUUCCUGGUCCACGCGGUGAUCCAGGUGAUGAAGGUCCUCCAGGUCCACGAGGCAGUCCAGGAAUAAAUGGCGUGCCUGGAACUCCAGGUCCUGUAGGUGAUGAAGGUGCAAUGGGAAAAUUUGGAAAACCUGGUGCACCUGGUAUACCUGGACCACCUGGAAGAUUAGGCCAAGAUGGCCUACCUGGACCUCCUGGACCAGCUGGUUUUCCUGGACCUAAAGGCGACAAAGGAUAUCCAGGGACUCAGGGACCUAAAGGUGAAAAGGGUGUAAAAGGUGAAACAACUGAUGUGGACGCAAUGCCUGGACCAGAUGGAGAUAUUGGUGAACCAGGAGUAAAAGGUGAUCGUGGUGAUCCAGGCCCUUAUGGACCAAGAGGUUUACCCGGUGGACGUGGACCACGAGGAGACCCUGGACCUAAGGGUGAUCCAGGUCCUGGAUAUGCACAAGUUAUUAUAGGUGAACCAGGAAGGAAAGGGGAAAAGGGUCUCCCAGGAUUAGAUGGAAAACGUGGAAAGACGGGACGACCUGGAAUUCCUGGAAUGAAAGGCGAAAAAGGUUUCCCUGGUCGAGAGGUAUAUGGAAGGAAAGGCGAAAAGGGUUCACGUGGAUUUCCAGGACCCAUUGGACCACCUGGUGAUCGGGGAGCUACAGGUCUACCAGGUCCUAUUGGUGACCAAGGGGAAAUAGGCCCUAGUAUUGACGGUCCUCCCGGGCCUAAAGGAGUUAAAGGUCAACCUGGUUUACCAGGUAUACGUGGACGUGAGGGUGAUCCUGGUCCUGUUGGAGAAAAAGGGGACUGCAUUGUGUGUCCAGAUGGAAGACCUGGUUUACAAGGGCCAAAAGGUUUUCGAGGUCAACCUGGAGUCCCUGGUGAACCAGGCUUGGAUGGCUCUCCAGGACAAAAGGGAUUACCUGGAGCCCAGGGACGAGAUGGUCUUGUUGGGGUGCCUGGUCAAAAGGGUGAGAAAGGUGAACGUGGAAAUGAUGGUUCGCGUGGACCCAAAGGAGAACCAGGUCCUGUUGAAAUAGUAAAUGUCACUGUACCAGAAGCUCCACGUGGCGAUGUUGGUCGUCCUGGUCGUGCUGGAGUAGUCGGUGAACAAGGUCCGAAAGGUUUUCCUGGUCCUAAAGGCUUGCCUGGGCCAGAAGGUCCUAAGGGCGAUGGUGGACUACCAGGGUUACCAGGAUUUAGUGGAACAGUAGGAAAGCCUGGAAGACGUGGUGAACCAGGUCGUGAUGGAAUUGUAUUCGAUGCACAAAAAGGAGCUCCGGGUAUUCCUGGCAGAGAUGGCAUUAAGGGUGAGAAAGGAGAAAAAGGAGACAGAGGAAUGGAUAAUAUUGUUGAUCAACUAUUCGAGUAUGUUAAAGGUGAAACCGGUCCAAAAGGAUACCCAGGGGAUAAAGGAUUAUCAGGAUUCCCAGGAGAAAAAGGUAGAGAAGGUGAGAAAGGAAUUGCUGGAAUACCUGGAAAACAGGGGAAACCAGGUUUUCCUGGUCUACCAGGAGCUGCAGGUGAACGGGGCGACAAAGGUUUAAUGGGUCCCAAAGGACCGAGAGGUAUUCCAGGUCCACCAGGAGAACCAGGAAGAAAGGGAAUAAAAGGUCUGAUUGGGCCAAAAGGUCUUCCUGGAACUGCUGGUGAUAUAGGUGAACGAGGUCCAUCUGGUCUACCCGGUUCCUCAGCGAUCGGAGAAAAAGGUGAGGAAGGUGCACCAGGACUACCCGGUCUUCCAGGUAGAAAAGGGGUUCCGGGUAUUAAAGGUGAAAAAGGAGACAGGGGAGUUGAUGGAUUACCAGGAUUGGAUGGUCCAAAAGGUGAAAUGGGUGAUCGAGGACCUAAGGGGGAAACUGGAGAGCCGGGUGAAGUCUAUCAAGGAAUGAAAGGGCCAAAAGGUAUAAAAGGUGAAACUGGUCUUCCUGGUGUCGAUGGCCCUAAAGGAGAUCCAGGAGAAGACAGAUUCCCUACAAUUGCAAUGAAGGGCCUUCCUGGUCCACCAGGACCUCGUGGACCUGAAGGGCCGAAAGGUUUACCUGGAAACACAGGGUUACCUGGAAAAGUUGGUCCUAGUGGACCUAGUGGAGCACCUGGGUCUCCUGGUGAAAAAGGUGAUGCUGGCCUACCUGGAACAUUUGGCCCCAAGGGGUUGCUUGGAGAACCUGGAGAUGAUGGUGUAGAAGGGCCGAGGGGUGAAACUGGUGAUGAGGGGCCAAGAGGUCUUCCUGGAUCACCAGGACCUAAAGGACUACCUGGUUUAAUGGGUCCUAAAGGACUUCCAGGAGAACCGGGAGGGAGAGGAGUUGGAAUUAAAGGACAAAAAGGUUUACCAGGACUCAAAGGUAUAAAAGGUUUCCCAGGUGAACCAGGAGAUGAUGGAAUACCUGGAAAUAAAGGUCUUCCAGGUCUAGCCGGAGUAGCCGAAAAAGGUGAGAAAGGUGAAAAAGGAUUAAAAGGUGCUCAAGGACUACCAGGAAUAAAGGGUAAACCAGGUCAAAUGGGUCCAUUAGGAGAGACCGGUGACCCUGGUCCUACUGGCCCCAUUGGUGAAAAAGGCGAUCAUGGAGUGCCUGGUCCAGCUGGUCGUCCUGGUCGAAAUGGCAUAGUCGGUGAGCCUGGUGAUUUAGGACCAAGAGGACUACCAGGGCUGCCUGGACCAUUGGGCGAUAAAGGUGAAAAGGGCUUACGCGGUACAACUGAUCGAUUAGCAGAUGUUGGAUCAAAAGGUGAAAAAGGUCAACCUGGUGUAGUAGGUCCACCUGGACCUAAAGGUUUACAAGGUCCAAAAGGUGAUCAGGGAGUUCAGGGGAUAUCUGGCAAAGAUGGACUACCCGGUCAACCAGGACCUGUGGGUCCAAAGGGAGAAAAAGGUGUACCCGGACCACCAGGACCAAGAGGAACUGAGGGGCAACCAGGUUUAAAAGGUCCUAAGGGAUUUGUCGGCCCUAAAGGAUUUCCGGGAUCAGUUGGUCCUCCCGGAGAACGUGGUCCAACCGGAGACCGAGGUGAAUUGUCAAGAUCCCCAGUCGGACCAAAAGGUGAACGUGGUUUACUUGGACCACCUGGGUCCGUGGGUCGCAAAGGUGAGCCCGGGGAACCCGGAAUGAGAGGAGCUCCAGGCGAAGUGGGUGAACCCGGUCCAGAUUUACUUGGAGCACCUGGGGAGAAAGGAAGUCCUGGGCCUACAGGUAGACCUGGGGUCCCCGGGAUGAGAGGACCUAAAGGAAUCAAAGGUGUUUCACCUCGAGAGCCUGGUGAACCUGGUCCAAGAGGCGCUGACGGACCCCCAGGUAUUAAAGGAGAACGUGGCCCUAAAGGGUUUGAUGGAUCAAUUGGUAGAAAAGGAUUACCAGGUUUAAAAGGUGAACAAGGUACUAAAGGAUUCCCAGGUCAAACAGGUAGACCAGGUGAAGUCGGCGAGAAAGGUGACAGAGGACCUACGGGACUUCCAGGGGAUAAAGGCAGUAAAGGAAUAAAGGGUGAAAUAGGCCGACCGGGAUUACAAGGUCCCAGAGGUGAUGCUGCGGUCUCUGUUUUGGGACUAAAAGGCGAAAAAGGGAUACGAGGAGAUGAUGGCUUUAUGGGUCCCAAAGGUUUACCAGGAAUCGAUGGAGUUCCUGGAGCUCCCGGCCCAAGAGGUGAACCUGGGGAUGUCGGAGAACCAUCAGCAGUAGGUCCAAAAGGCUACCCAGGUCCCCCGGGUGAGAAGGGCUAUAUGGGUCCAGAAGGACCAAAAGGUGAUGUUGGUCCAGUUGGAGAACAAGGAGCGCCAGGAGGCAUUGGAGACACACGUGGUAACACAGGACACUUAUUCACUGUUCAUAGUCAGACUACACGCAUCCCGUCAUGUCCAUCAUCAACUCGUAAAUUAUGGGAUGGUUAUUCAUUUCUAAGUAUGACUGGAUCGGAUCGUGCUCAUGUCAAUGAUCUGGCUAGUCCUGGUUCAUGUCUACAAUUAUUUAAUCCAAUACCAUUUAUGUUUUGCGAAAAACAAGAAAAUUGUUAUUAUGCUCAACGAAAUGAUCGAAGCUAUUGGCUAAGUACAGAAGAAGAACCAAUGAUGUGGAAUCCAGUUCCAGCAAAUGAAACUCAAAGACAUAUAAGUCGAUGUGCAGUUUGUGAAGCUCCUAGUAAACUUUAUGCUUUUCAUUCGCAAACAUUGGAGAUUCCUAGAUGUCCUGAUGGUUGGUCCACUUUAUGGCCUGGAAGUAGUUUCCUUAUGAAUACUGGUUAUGGAGCACAAGGUGGAGGACAACAAUUAGCAUCUCCAGGUAGUUGUUUACCACAAUUUCGAUCUCAUAUGUUUAUUGAAUGUACUGCAAAAGGUUUAUGUGGAUUUUUUGAAGAACAUAAAAAUUUCUGGUUACGUGUUAUGCCUAGUUCUAUGGAUGAACAUAUGUUUGGUAUGGUCAUGGGUACUGUCAUUAAAGUACGUAAUAGUCAAGAUUCAGUUAGUAAAUGUGUUGUAUGUAUGAGAACACAACCAUUGUCAACAUUAUUUUAUUUAAAUUAAUUAUGCUUUUAAUGUUUGUUUUUCCUUUCUUUUCUCUAAGCAUUUCACAUAAUAAUUCUUACUCUUUCUUUUGUUUAUUAAAACAAACAAACAAAUUUAUUGUCAACAUUAAAAUAUCAGAAUUAAAUUUUUAAAUUUAAAAUAACCACGUUAUUUUAUUUUUGAAAAAAAAAUAAAACAAAAAAACAAAACCAAAACUGUUUCCAAAAUGUAUUUUAUUUUCAUGUUGGGAUAAAUGUUGUUUAGUUUAUUUAUCAUAAUUAAAAGAGGUUCAAAGAUCUAGAAUAAUUAAAAUCAAUAAUAGUUACAUGAAUUAAAACAAAUAUUAUCGCUUUAAAUGCUUAAUUAUAUAUAUAUAUAUAUUAUAUAUACAAAAAUCAAAUCAAAUUUUAUUGAACAAUUCAAUGUUAAAUUUUUGUUUCUAUAUUAAUUCAAGUAAAAAAAUUUCAACAAAUUCAAGAUUAUUUUACAUCUAUUCUAAAAGAGGUUUAUACCAUUACCAUAAUAUUAUGAUGUUGAAAACUUUUUUUUCUUUUUUUCUAAAAAAAAAGCGAAAGUACAACAUAAUUUACCUAAUUACCAACCUUAAAAAAAUAGCAAUUUUUUGAAUUUAACUUUAUUCUAAAUAUAUUCUCUGAUUUUAUAAUAAUAAUAAGUAUUAUUAUUACAAUUCAAUAUUUCACAGACUAUGUUUUACUAACUAUUACUGAGUGUUUCGGUAUACCUGCCCCUCAAGUUAGUCAAUAAAAAAAGGGUACAUAUAUUGGAGGGGGGAUAUUUGCAUAUUCAUAUUAUAACCUGUAAGUGUUAGGCUGCUUUUGAAUAUAUAUUUCUUCAAAUAUUUAGGAGUUUAUUGGAUUGAUGAAUACAUAUAUAUUGAGCAUAAAUAUACAUGUUAACCAUUGCUUCUUUAUUAAAGAACUUUUAUUUUUCAGUGUUUAUUGUAAUAAGAAGAGAUAUACAUAUUGUAAAAUUUUGACAGUUUAGUGUUUUUUGUCAUUUAUUCAAUGUUACUGUUCUUUUCUAGUUUGAAAUUGUUCUUCCUUUUUCAAAAUGUUAAAACAUAAAUAAUAAAUUUGAUGAUUUAAUUUUAAUUUAAAUUAUU